UGGCAACCGGAGGCACAGCAGCCGUCGGUUUCGUCCGUUUCGGGAGCUGUCUCUAGGCAGUAGGACAAUGUGCUGCUGACAGCGAGGGUGUGUUCCGGGCCUGGGCUUCACAGUUUUUGUCAUGUGUUAAAUGUGUGUAAAACAAAAUUAAACUUUUAAGAUGCAAAAGUUGUUGUUUAUAUGUGAUGCGGUUCGGAUGUGAUGGCUACGCAAGUGUUCACGUUCAUUUAGAUAGGUAAUCAGUGUAUUUUCAUCUUGAUUCUGCUGAACAAUCGAUUCACUCUCGAGCGAAGAAAAAUAAACAUCAGAAAUGAGUGGUUAUCAUGACAACGGCUCUCCACGUGUUCAGUGUUUUGGUGGCAACAACGAUUGGUAGAGAAGUGUUUGGAAGGAAUUGUAAUGAAUGAAUAAUUUUGAAAUACAACGAUAAUCGUUUUAAAUAGCAACAAAUGUAUCGAGAGUGGCACUGCUUCAAAUAAUAAUAGAAAUAGAAGUGAGAAGGUGUAUGAAAAAUGUAUCUUCGUUGGGUAGAUUCUUCAUUUUAGAUUAUGUUUGAACAAAUUUUACUAUAAACAAUUUGAGAAAAAAUGUUCGAGAGGAUAACUUUAAAUUUUACUGGAGUGUUAUGAGUAACAUUACUCAAAAUAGCCUUUAGCUAAUGAAUCGAAUUUCCAUCCACGAAUUGCUGCUGAAUUUUGGAAACGAUUGGAGAUUGGCGAUGAAGAGCAGGUUACUUACGACUAAGCCACGUGAAAUUGGCUGUUCUCGAAACGCGGACACACAUACCGAGCGAUAAAAGAAAAUGAAUCGCAGCAACUCCGACACAACAGUUCUCUUCCUGUUGGCGCUAACUAUUAUAUUCAUGAAUCUUGCCAUCUCGUCAUCUCACCAUGCAACAGUAAUAGCAAGCCACCGACUGGAUAAACGAAAUGUGUUCCACGCUAAGCACAACGCCAGCGAACGUCAACUGAAGGCCGGCGUGGAGAAGCCAUCCAUAACGACCAACGAACAGGAUGCUCCCCGGACCAGACCUCACUUUAGCACAUCGAAAAAAGCUAAAGUCGCCGCUUUCGAUCCGGCCAAGUACGUCUGCUUCGAUCCGGAUUCCCCGGAAUGCAUCAAUAAGACCCAUCUGUUCAAAUCGAAAGUUAUAUCCGAAUUCAGAAGGGUAGUGAAGGAGUCGUUUGAGAAAAACGAUUACUACCAGGUUCAGUAUGAACGGACGGACAACGUGGAAACGGAGCUUUGCCGAUUAACGAGGGCAAAUGUACGGACGGUUUCCUGGAGAGACACUCCCUUCAAUUGGAACGAAAUCGGAAGCUACUUACCGCUGGGGCCAUUGUUUAACCAGACAAGUGCCACGUGCGCAGUGAUCGCUAGUUCCGGGUCACUGAAGGGUUCUAAACUGGGGGAAUUCAUCGAUCAGCAUGAUAUCGUAAUGCGAUUCAACAACGCUCCCACAAGUGGGUUCGAGGAUGAUGUUGGCGCGAAAACUACGGUGCGUGUGGUUAAUUCGCAAGUGGUAACGAAGCCGGAGUUUAAACUGCUCACUGCCAAAUUGUUCACAAACAUUUCGAUAGCAGCUUGGGAUCCCGGGAAGUUCAACCAAAGCUUGAGUGAUUGGAUAAAGUCGCCAGACUUUAAUCUGUUUGAUAAUUUUAAGCGCUAUAAUGAAAAAUAUCCUGGAGCGAACUUCCAUCUGGUGGAUCCGAGAAGCAUCUGGCGAGCGUGGACCGCUCUCCAGGAUAAGUCCAAGUUCAAAAUUAUGAGAAAUCCCCCCACAUCGGGUUUCAUUGGAUUAGGGCUCCUGCUGCCAGCCUGCCGCUCCAUCGAUAUGAUCGAGUAUAUUCCGAGCAGCCGCAUGAACGGUCUCUGCCACUAUUACGACACGGAGAUUAAUUCAGCGUGCACAUUCGGAUCAUGGCAUCCACUGGCGGCGGAAAAGUUGUACGUUUUGCGGAUGAACACUGCCAGCGAUUAUACAACGUUUCAACGGGGAAUAGUGCGCAUCACGCUGGAUGUCGAAGGGUGUUAACUUCGAGCGCUGCAGACGGCAGGGGAACAGCAAUGUUUCCCGCAGAUGGGUGAUCGUUUGAUGGAUACGUGAGAAUGCCAAGGGCAUCCGUGUUUGUCGCUGCUUUCGCUAGCUGACAGAAUUGAUGAGUGUAAUCAAAUUGCGUGAACCGUAAUUUUAUUGCGAUAGGUGAAGAUUUUGUUAUAAUACCAUUGGAUGAAUGAUUUCCGCAGUAUAAUAAAUUACUAUUGAUAUGAACUAAUUGUACAUGGUACA